GUCUCCUAAGGAACACUUAGCUUCUCUCCUCCCGAGCCGGCGCUGUGCCCGGGGCGCACCGGGAGGAGGGACCAGGAUUCUGUGCCCGGGCGCAGAUACUGACACCCAGGGAAUCCGGGUGCCCACCCCCACGCCAUGUGGGCCACCAGGAACCCGGCUCCGCCACCCCAGCUGCCCCGUGGCCCUGGCCUCAGUCCUGGCCCGGAGGAGAUUCUGCGGACUUACAGGUCCCAAACGCAAGCUGCCUCCCUCCCCCCAUUCAGUUUGUGGGGCUGUGGCAACCUAAAAGAGGGAUUGGCUUCGCCACUGAGCCUUCGGGCCUCUGCCAGCCACCACCCCCACUCCCCUAGCCAUCCUCGGCAGGUCCCAGUCCCGGCUCCAUCGGUGCUUUCGCCCCAGCGGCAGCUAUGCUGCACACCGAGGGCCACGCUCUUCUUCGGGCCGUGGGUCAGGGUAAGCUACGCUUGGCCCGUUUGCUUCUGGAGGGGGGCGCCUACGUGAAUGAGGGUGAUGCCCAAGGGGAGACUGCGCUAAUGGCGGCCUGUCGGGCCCGCUACGACGACCCCCAGAACAAGGCGCGCAUGGUACGCUACCUUCUGGAGCAAGGCGCGGACCCCAACAUCGCAGAUCGCCUAGGGCGCACGGCGCUUAUGCACGCUUGCGCCGGCGGCGGGGGCGCAGCGGUGGCCUCCCUGCUCCUUGCCCAUGGCGCAGACCCUUCAGUCCGAGAUCACGCUGGCGCCUCGGCGCUUGUCCACGCCCUGGACCGCGGGGAUCGCGAGACCCUUGCCACGCUGCUGGACGCCUGUAAGGCCAAGGGCACGGAGGUCAUCAUCAUCACCACCGACACCUCGCCCUCGGGCACCAAGAAGACCCGGCAGUAUCUCAAUUCCCCACCGUCCCCGGGGGUGGAGGACCCCGCUCCCGCUCCUCUUAGCCCGGGGGUCUGCACGUCGCCGUCGGAAAUCCAACUGCAGACUGCAGGAGUAGGAGGACAGGGAUUGUUAUCCCCUCGCGCCCAGGAAGAAGAGGAGAAGCGGGACGUAUUUGAAUUCCCUCUUCCUAAGCCCCCCGAUGACCCCUCCCCUUCUGAGCCACUCCCCAAACCACCCCGUCAUCCUCCAAAACCACUCAAAAGGCUCAACUCCGAGCCUUGGGGCCUAGUGGCCCCUCCUCAGCCGGUCCCUCCUGCCGAAGUGAGGCCGGGGAUUGAGCGCCUGACCACCGAAUUCAACGGCCUGACCCUGACAGGUCGACCGCGUCUUUCCAGACGUCACAGCACUGAAGGCCCAGAGGACCCGCCCCCGUGGGCGGAGAAAAUGACGGGUGGGGGUCCUCUCUCGCGCCGAAACACAGCGCCAGAAGCUCAGGAGCCUGGUCCCCCUUCAGGGCUGAGGCAGAAACUGAGCCGCAUGGAGCCGGUGGAGCUCGAUAUCCCCGGAAAUCUUUGCCCCGACUCGCCGGAGUGCAGCCGCCCGUCCCUGGAGCGCCGCAGAUACAGCGCCUCCCCGGUGACCCUCCCUCCAGCCGGCUCUGUUCCCUCCCCGCGCCAGUCCCAGGAGAGUCUGCCUGGGGCUGUGUCUCCGUUGAGCGGGCGGAGGCGGAGUCCAGGGUUGCUGGAGCGGAGGGGCUCGGGGACGUUGCUUCUGGACCACAUCGCGCAAACACGGCCUGGUUUCCUGCCCCCGCUCAAUGUCAGCCCCCACCCUCCCAUCCCUGACAUUCGCCCCCAACCCGGAGGUCGGGCGCCUUCGCUGCCCGCCCCUCCCCAGGCGGGGGCGCCAGGCUCUCCCAGGACCAAGCGCAAGUUGGUGAGGCGCCACUCCAUGCAGACUGAGCAGAUCCGCCUGCUAGGGGGCUUCCAGAGUCUAGGCGGGCCAGGGGAGCCUGGGCGCUGAGAGGAGUGAGAGGAACCAAGGAGGGUGGGGAUCAAGACCUUGGGAAGGGUGGAAGAACCAGCUCACACACACACCUCGGACAUAGGGGUCUGUUGCAUGUGCUCAUGGGCUCGGCGCACGCACACAUGGGUAAACGUGUCUACAAGCACAGUACUUGCACUUGCAGGGAAGGGUAAGUACUCUUAUUUAUUGGUCAUAUAGACACAUGCACUCAUGCCCUGGCCACUUCACAUGCACAUGGGAAUUACUCACACACCGGACCAUUUGUGCUAGGGCCCCAAAAGGGUCCCAAGCUCACUUGCAUUUGUUCAGAGGCGUUAGGGAGCCCCUACUUAUGAGUAGUAUCCAAUCUCUUUGACCUCCUGCAAUAGUAACCCCUUGCUUUCCAUGUAUGCCCUGCAACACAGCCCACUCAUGAUUUUGGACACUCUACCCUCUUCGUGAAUAUCCCACCCCAUUCUACAGGUCUUGCUUCUCUCUCCAGGCUUGGCUCCUUGUUCACACCCUGCUUCCAGCCCUAACCACUUUUCAGGAUAUCUUCUUCACUCUCCUUGGGAAUUUGCUGCAGCAAUCCCCAGCCUCAGUUCUGCUGCUGCCCUUCCUGCUCUCAGCUUUACUUCUCAGCUUUCUGCUUUUUCUUCCCAUCCUGUUCCCCCAACCAAUACAACAGGUUGUCUCAUUUUUCCAGGAGGUGGGUCAUGGGCUCUAAGCUGCUGUUCUGUCUGUCUGAGCUUAUGAACACCCCCACAGGUAGAAGUGGGGAGUAACCCUAAAUCACUCCUCUCUCCACUCGACAUAUCAAAUAAAUGUGUUCAGAAGUCUCUGUUUGGUCACUUCUGCUGGGGGUGGAGGGUGUGGGGAAUGAGGAAUAGGGAGGGAGGGUGAUGCUAACUAUAGCUAUAACGAUCUAGGGGAUACUUCGAGGUUCCAGCCACCUUCUUUCCAGGAGACCAACUGUGGUUGUAGAAGAAAAGGCAAGUGUCCCAUGUCCUGAAGGUUUUAUGCCAUCUGAUAGGUUUUCAUUUCCCUCAGUCUCCCCUAUGUCCAUCCUCAAAUUCUUUAACUUAAGAUUCCUACAAAGAAUCCCUCCCUCCACCAUCAGCAGAUAUAUCCCAAUAGAUUAACUGUCC